AUGUCCCUGGUGCUGUUGGGUAAAUUUGGUGUUCUGGCUGCUACUGGGAUGAUGUACACCUACACAGGAGAGCUGUCUCCCACAGUGAUCAGGAAUACAGCAAUGUCCUCGUGUGCCAUGUUUUCACGAGUGGGAUCCUCUUUAUCGCCAUAUCUGCUGGAAAUAGCUAAGUUCAAUGAGCUCCUGCCAUGGAUCAUCAUAGGUGUCCUGUCACUUCUCAGCGUUCUUCUCUGCAUCUUCCUGCCAGAAACUUUCAGAAAGCCACUGCCUGAUACCAUAGAGCAGAUGCCAGCCUCACAGUGGUUUGCAUGGCCCUGGACCUCCAAAGCUGGCCUGAAUGAUGAAGGAAAAUGCUCUAAAGAGCUAGAGUGUACAUCACUAGAGAUUAUCUGUACAACUCGCUUAUGA